UUCAUGGGUUUUUAUUUAUUUUGAUGAUUUUUAUGGACAUCGAUAAAAUAUGUUUACCUACACUAUUGCUAGGCAGAAAUUUCUUUUCACCCAUGUCAAAGAAAAUAUUGCUACGCAGCCUUAAUUAGCAUUUCUAGAAAAUUCUACUUCUUCCAUGUGUAAGUUGUACUGCAGGCCAGGCCUAGCCACACACAUCAAACAACGAGCAUGCGGUGGAUUUAGCAAUUUCGUAGCAUCCCCGUGUUCUCCCCACACAAACCUUCGCGCCGCCCAUUUUUCCACCUCGUCGUCCUUACAUAUAAAACGUACUCCACUCUUCACCGGUUACCAUUUCAUAUCCCGAUCGCUGCUACUACUAAGCACAGUGAUCCAUGGCGCCAGCUCGAGUCCACAGCAAUGGCCGCCUCCUCAUGCUUCUCCUCCUGCUCGCCGUCGCCGGCUUUGCGGCGGCGCAGCCGAGCCAGGACAAUCCUCCGGCGGGCUACUACGCGACCAACUUCAGCCCGUCCAUGGCCAUCGUCAUCGUCGUCCUCAUCGCCGCCUUCUUCUUCCUCGGCUUCUUCUCCAUCUACGUCCGCCACUGCUACGGCGGCCGCGGCGACUACUCGACCACCCCGCUGCCCCGGUCCGGCGCCGCGCGGUCGCGGCGGCAGCGCGGGCUCGACCAGUCCGUGCUCGCGACGUUCCCGACCAUGGCGUACGCCGACGUGAAGGCGCACAAGUCCGUCAAGGGCGCGCUCGAGUGCGCCGUCUGCAUCAGCGAGUUCGACGACGACGAGACGCUGCGGCUGCUGCCCAAGUGCUCCCACGUCUUCCACCAGGACUGCAUCGACACGUGGCUCGCGUCGCACGCCACCUGCCCGGUCUGCCGCGCCAACCUCGUCGACGGCGCGUCCGAGCCGGCGAGCGAUGUCGCCGCCGAGCUACCGACGGCGCCCGCUCCGCGCCCGGAAGGCGCGACGCCGUCCGAGGCAGCAGCGCCAGGGGGGGAGGCGCCGGCGGCGGCGGCGGCGGCGGCGGUGGUGAUCGACGUGGAGGAGACCGAGGAAGAGAGGAUCAUAAGAGAGGAGGCGGCCGAGCUAACGCGCAUCGGCAGCCUGAAGCGCGCGCUGCGCUCGAAGUCCGGCCGCGCGCCCGCCGCGCGUUUCCCGCGCUCGCAUUCGACGGGGCACUCGCUCUCCUCCUCCGCCGCGGCGAGCGCCGGCGCCGAGAGGUUCACGCUGCGGCUGCCCGAGCACGUGCUCCGGGAGGUCAUCGCGGCGGGGCAGCUCCAGCGAACGACGAGCCUCGUGGCGUUCCGCGCCGGCCGCCAGGGGAGCACGCGCCGUGGCCUCAGGUCGGGAGGCGGCGGCGGCGGCGGUGAAGGCAGCAGCCGCGCCGGGAGAAGCGUCCGGCUCGGCCAGUCUGGACGGUGGCCGUCGUUCCUGCCGCGGACGUUCUCGGCGAGGCUGCCGGCGUGGGGAUCAAGGUCGACGCGGAGGGGCGACGGCGACGGGUCCAGCAAGGGCGGCAGGACUGCCGGCUCCGGCGCCGGCGCCGGCGGCAAGUAAGUGGUGUGCGACGACCAGGCGUGCGUGGUUGGGCAACGUGUUUGAUGUGGCUUCGCUUCGCCAUUGGGGGUCAAAUCGGAGGCUGCGAAGAAACUGUUGUUGCUUUCGUCGCCGUGACACGAUUUUUUUCUCUUCUUUUUCUUGGUGGAAUUUUGGAGGGAACGAUGGUUCUUCGUUUUUUCUUCCCCUUGAUGAUUGUUCAUUCAUUUUUCUUUUCUUCAAACAAGCAUGUACAUAUAUACCGUACAGUGGUUGAUAGCAGGAGGAAUUUACGACCCAAAUUUAUCUCCUUCAUUCAUAUAAGUGUGUAACUAGCCAUGAUGCAAACAAAUUUUCCACAAAAAAAAA